CGAAAUUGUCCAACAAGCAUUCGCGUGUACCUUUUUUCCAAGAGGUGGCUCAAACGAAUUCGAAUUCUUUCUACGAAUUAAUCUAUAUUAGCUACAAUGUCUUACACUACUCGUCAAGUUGGUGCAGCCAACACUUUAGACUACAAGGUUUACAUCGAAAAGGAUGGUAAGCCAGUUUCCCCAUUCCAUGAUAUUCCUUUGUACGCCAAUGAAGAAAAGACUAUCUUGAACAUGAUUGUUGAGGUUCCUAGAUGGACCAACGCUAAGUUGGAAAUUUCUAAAGAACAGAAAUUGAACCCAAUCAUUCAAGACACCAAGAAGGGUAAGUUGAGAUUUGUCAGAAACUGUUUCCCUCACCACGGUUACAUCCACAACUACGGUGCCUUCCCUCAAACUUGGGAAGACCCAAACCAAACUCACCCAGAAACCAAGGCCAAGGGUGACAACGAUCCAUUGGAUGUCUGUGAAAUUGGUGAAAAGGUUGCUACUGUCGGUGAAGUCAAGCAAGUCAAGGUUUUAGGUGUCAUGGCUCUCUUGGAUGAAGGUGAAACUGACUGGAAGAUUAUUGUUAUUGACGUUAAUGAUCCAUUGGCCUCUAAGUUGAACGACAUUGAAGAUGUGGAGACCCACUUACCAGGUUUGUUGAGAGCCACCAACGAAUGGUUCAGAAUUUACAAGAUCCCUGAUGGUAAGCCAGAAAACCAAUUCGCUUUCUCUGGUGAAUGUAAGAACAAGAAGUAUGCCGAAGAAAUCGUUAGCGAAUGCGCUGAAGCUUGGGACAAGUUGAUCAAGGGUGAAUCUGUUGAUUCUAAGGACAUCGACUUGACCAACACUACUUUGUCAAGCACCCCAACUUUCGCUGAAGCUGCCGCCCAAGAGAUCCCAGCUGCUGCUCCAGCUCCAGCUGCUCCAAUUGAUAAGUCUGUUGACAAAUGGUUCUUCAUCUCUGGUGCUCACUAGAUACUUGAGGCUCAAAUCUUCACCUAGCUUUUAUAGCCACAUGAAAAUUGAAGUACGUACUUUAGCAAUGUAUUAGUUUUU